AUGAUCCGUCUUGCCCACCUCCUCAAAUUCUUUUUCGAUUGCACGCAGAGAACCGCAAAUUCUCCACCGUUCGCUUGUCUGAAUGACUUAAAGUUGUUUGAUGGGCAACACCUUAAGAAAGGAGUGAAUCUUGUUUCUCUGAAUGGUUCUUCUGGAGAUGUCGAAUCAUCUGCUUCGUUUGAUGUGGCAGCUUCAGAUGGAGAGCUCAUCAACUGGUUGAGGUCCUUGCCUCCGUCCUCGCUUAUAAUCGGUGUGUCCUUCGGGGAUGUGGCCGAGCGAGUUUCUGCUGACGCCCGUGCAGCAUUGGCAUCAUUUGGUGCGGUAAAGGUUGCCGAUUGGCGAGGAGCUUCAUCAUAUGCAAUUUUGGGUCAGCAUGGAUUACAGCAACAUGCAUACGAAGUUGUAAGUUGA